GUUCAUUCAAAUCUCAUUGUUGGUUCAUUUGAUUCUUCUUAUCACCUUGAUCAGCAGCAGCCACACCUUUUCUUGAACACAAAAAGAAACCAAGAAAAAUGGUGCCACGUACAGUUGAUUUGUUAAAGGAGCAGAUACCGGUGCACCAGGAAUCUAUACAUGUCACCGGCGACGUCAAGACCGGCCUUGUCCUCGUCGACGUCAUUAACGGCUUCUGCACCGUCGGCGCUGGCAAUUUGGCUCCAAGGCAACCGAACAAGCAAAUCUCGGAAAUGGUGAAGGAGGCGGUGAGACUUGCCGGAGUUUUCUGUGAGAAGAAAUGGCCUGUUCUCGGCUUUCUUGAUUCUCAUCACCCUGAUAUCCCUGAGUAUCCUUAUCCUCCUCAUUGCAUUGCUGGCACUGAUGAAUCAAAGCUGGUUCCAGAUCUGCAAUGGUUGGAGAAUGAACCUAAUGUGACACUGAAAUGUAAAGAUUGCAUUGAUGGGUUUCUUGGUUCGAUUGAGAAAGACGGUUCUAAUGUGUUUGUGAAUUGGAUUAAGAGCAAUCAGAUCAAGACUAUCUUGGUGCUAGGGAUAUGCACAGAUAUAUGUGUGCUGGAUUUUGUAUGUACCACUUUAUCUGCCAGAAAUCGUCGUUUUCUUGAACCUCUGGAGGAUGUGAUAGUGUAUUCCCGUGGUUGUGCCACUUUUGAUCUUCCGGUUGAUGUGGUCAAAUCUAUGAAAGAUGUUGCAGCACAUCCGCAGGAUCUAAUGCAUCACAUAGGCCUUUACAUAGCCAAAGGAAGGGGAGCAAAGGUCGUGUCAGAAGUGUCAUUUUGUACAUAAGAGCAAUGUUCUUGACCUAUCUGUGGAUUGACAUAAGGGGAUUCUUUUCUCAAUGUGUGAAUAGCUAUCCCCUGUACUUCAGUUCUCUCGAUUAGAUUAGCUCAAAUGUUGGGGGAAAGAAAACAGAGAAAAGAUAGUUCAUAAAGCUCUCUAAGGAUGUAUAUAAAAGCUUUAAAUGUUGGGAAGCUGUUGCUUAGCUGUUAAAUUUGUUAUGUUUGUUUCUGUUCGUGUUGGAUAAUAAUCCCUAUUUGUUAGGGAAGUGCUUGUAGGUUUGAAUUCAGUUUAGUCCAUGAUCCAUGUUGUUAGUUAGUGUUAAACGUGGGGUGCAAUUUGUUUUUUUUUUUUUUAUCUCUUUCCCUGUAAGGCUUAUAAAGCCACCAGUUUGCAGUUGAAUAAUAUAGAAGGAAAGCAUUCCUCCAGAUUUGCAG